AUGGAAAAGCGAAAAUAUAUCCAUCACAACGACAAGGACCGACUAUACUACCUUCCUGAACACUUUCCGCUUGCUCCAACCUCCUUGGCUCCAGUUCCUUUACUCAAUGUUGACCUUAAUGAUACCAAAAAUGUCAUGUCUGUGUACGGUUCUGUGGGUUUUGGUAGAUACCUGGAAGGCUACGUGAUGCUAAACAAUUAUCCACUCAAGGAGGUGAAAAUAUGUGGAAAACUUGUAGGCGAAACAUAUAAAGAUUUUGAUAUGGCGGGCCGUAUGAAUAAGAAAAAUUAUAUUAUGGUGGAGGUUGAUGAUUGUUCUGGGAUCAAUCUGACAGUGCUAGUAAAGGUCCGCGAGUCAUUGUACUUGCUACUGGGAUUGAAAUUUGGAGAAAAUUAUGGAUGUCAUCUUGCUGUAUGUGGACUGGUGAGUGAAUACCAUAAGAGAACUAUGGUUAAUGCCCAUGCUUUUGAAAUGUUGAGCAGACAAACCGAACUUGAUCUUGAGGUAGAUUGGUGGAAUCACACCUUACAGUAUCGCCAAAAAGUGCUUCUGGAGCCGUGGGUAUUGGGUCGUGAUUAUGUUCAAAUUUUGCAGUCAUUCAAUCUGGUUGUACUAGAGAAUGAAGUCCAGCCAAAUACUGAUCCAGAUGUCAUAUCUAUUCAUUCUGAAGAUGACGAACUCGAGGAAAUUGAGAUCAAAACCACAGUCGAAGACAAGCGUUUUGAACUUUGCUUGGCAAUAAUUUUUCACUUUCUCAAUAACGGCUGCGAAAAUAUAACUUUAGUGGACCUUCUGACUAAUGGUUACUUACUAGAGUUUGCACCACCCAAUGGCAUUGCACAGUACUUUGCUGAAGCUAUCGGCGAGCUAAAUGAAUAUGGCUUGCUUGCCAUGGACAACAAUGAAGUUAUCUGCCCGCAGGCACUCCACCAAUUAGCCAUAGGAGCCAAACUUCGACUUCAGAAUCUGAAACUACAAAACCAGCCAUUCAUGCUUAAUGAGUUUCUUAAAUCUCUAAAGCCACUUUACACCACCAAAAUUGACCACAAAAUACUCAACGGAAUUAUAACGUGGUUGCUAGACUACGACUUGUGUGACAUUGGACUCUGGAACUACGACUCAAAGGAGAAGUCGUGGACAUAUGCAGGCCAAAAAACCUGA